AUGAGAGAGAAUUACUACAACAAGAAGAAUCUGAAGUAUCUUGAGAUGCUAAGGUCGGGGAAGCCAAAGAAAAACUCAAGGGGGGUGAUAAUCAAAGAUGCGCCUUUCCAGAGUUCGAAAGCUGAUGUUGGAAGGAUUGAGCCGAGUAGGAAGUGGUUUACCGGGACCAAAACCAUAUCUCCCACAGAACUGGAUGCGUUUAGGUCGGAGGUAAAGAUAGAGAGUCCAUACAGUGUGCUUCUUAGAACAGGGAAGGUCCCCUACUCUUUGCUAGAGGAUGGGAUAAGGAAGAAGAAGGCCACAGACUUUGGAGAGGUUUUCGGGAAAAAAUCUGUAAGGAAGAGACCCAAUCUUCAAUACAGUAGUCUUGAGGAGCUGUCCCAGCAGGUCAAGGAGGUGAAAGAAAGAAAGAAGGAGGUGAAGAAAGAUCAUGUAAAGGGACAAAGCCAUAGGAUAUGGCUUGAAUUAUAUAAGGUUCUGGAUAGCAGCGAUGUCAUCAUUCACGUUCUUGAUGCAAGGGAUCCGCUUGGAACUGUGUGCGAUAAGAUAGCAAACUACAUUAAAGAGGAGGCCCCUCAUAAGCACCUCAUGUAUGUCCUGAACAAAGUGGAUCUUAUUCCCACAGGGGUUACGGCGAAAUGGUUAAGGCACUUCUCGAGGUCGCAUCCCACAAUAGCAUAUCACUCGAACUCUAUAACGAAGAACUAUGGAAAGGCAAAUCUAAUAGGACUGUUAAAGCAGCUUAGCAAACUAUAUAAGAAGAGGCACUUGAGCGUUGGAUUUGUGGGGUAUCCAAACACUGGAAAGAGCAGCAUAAUAAACACCUUAAGGAACAAGGAAGUAUGCAAGGUUGCGCCCGUGCCGGGAGAGACCAAGGUGUGGCAAUAUAUAGCACUCACAAGAGGGAUAUACCUUAUAGAUUGCCCUGGGAUUGUUCCUAUUUCGGACUACGACCAAGCAGUUCUUAGAGGUGCUGUCAGAAUUGAAAACAUCGAGAAUCCUGAGGAUUACAUCGACAUGAUAGUUGAGAAGGCCAGGGACUCAAUAGCAAAGACAUAUAGAGUUCAGUUUGUUGACUCUGCAGACUUACUCGAAAGGCUUGCAGUCAAGUUCGGCAAGCUGCAAAAGGGAGGGGAGCCCAAUGUUAAUGCGGUUUCGAAAAUGAUUCUUCAUGACUGGGUCAGAGGAAAGAUCCCCUACUUCGUGCCUCCCACAGAAGAGGUUGGAGAUAACGAAGAAUAG